AUUACGAGUGAGUUUAGUCGGGCGUGCGGUGUUGCGUGUCUUACUGCGCUGUUUCCAUGUUUUGGUAUUACGAUAUCACUUCCCCUUCAGCAGGAAGGGAGGGGAUUAACUUACAAUGAAAUAACGUCUGUACGUUAUUCACAACAUGGCUGGAGUUAAAGUGUGUUGUGCAGUUAUUAUCUUGUGUUGUUGCCUGCUGUCGGUAAAAGGUAAGAGUGAUUAGUUAAUCUCUCUUUUUACUAAUGAAAAUUAAAACCCUCGUUAUUUCUAUCCCGAAGAUCAAGGAAAUCCUUCAUGCGGAAAAACAUGGAAAAAUGUUGGCGUUUUCGAUUGCGCUGAUUCAAGUAAAAUGCCCAGGGGGUGGGUCGAUUAAGGGGGGGGGGGGGGGAACUUCGCUACACAAGGCAAGGAGGAAUGUGGCCCCCAAAAGGCCCCGGUUUUUUAUCUAAAUUAUUUGAUAGUCUGUGGUUUUUUCUCUUUUUGUUUCACCGGGUUGUGAGGUAAAGUGUUGUAUUAAUAAUUUAUUGUUUAUUUUAAAUAUAUAAAGAUAACCCGUUGAUUAAUGUAAAGCGAAAAAACAAGGAAAUGCUUAAGGGGGAAAAAAAUUGGAAUAUUGGGUGGUUUGUGGGUGGGUGUGUUAAGGAAGGGGGGGGGGGGGGGGGGGGGGUGGGGGGGGGGGGGGGCGGAACUUCGCUACACAAGCUAUGUAGGAAUGUGCCACCCAAAAGGCUCUGGUUUUUAGUCUAAAUCAUGUGAUAGUCUGUGAUUGUAUCUCUUAUGAUCUCAUCGGGUAUGGUUUUCAAGCCGAACCACUAGAGCGUAUGACAGUAGUUGUCUUUCCGACUCCAGAUGAAUCGAGGGAAGAACUUUCACUUUUGAAUAAAACUAAACAAUAAAUAAGGUUAAAGUAGAUUGAGGAAGAUUAAAGGAGAUUGCGUUUUUAAAACUGUACAUUGUAACAUUUUGUCAAAAUCUAUCUCUAUCUUUGGCCCGCACGGGGAGGCGGUGGGGGAGGGCGGCAAUCAAGUAAUAACACAGACAGACUAAUUCAUUCUGUGUACAAUUUUUUUAUUGUUGGAAGCUCUAAAAAAAUAAAGAUUAUCCGAGUAACGGCUUUUCAACGAAAGAAAACCCACAAAUUUAAAGUUUAAGUGAACUUUGAAACCGUUGAAGCUACAGUAUCGACCUCUGGGAGCAUUUCCAAGCAAGUCGCUGUGGGUAUACGUCAAUACUUACGUUACUAUGGUAACUGAGGUGAAUUUUAAAAAGCCUGAUGUAAAUUAAUAGGGUUUUUAUAAAUGUCGUUCAUUUCUCUACCCUUGUUUAGUCGACCUGAUUUUAUAGUCUGUGUACAGAUGCCCCCGGCCCUGGCCUUUCUCCGCAGAAAAUAUCAGGAAGAGAAACUCGGAUUUUGAGUGGAUCGAGGCCGACGUCUGUACACAGGCUAUUAUUAUAAGACCCUCAGUGAUUUCUUUUCCCACAAUGAAAUAAGUAUUUUAUUUACUUAUUUUAUUUAUUUAUUUUAUUUAUUUAUUUUUUAACUAAUCGUCAUAUUUUUUUUGGAAACUGGAUUUUCUGUCUUCUUUAAAAGCUGAAUGCUUAUCGCCAACCUUCAGACUCAUAAUAAAAGGGCUUCUGGUCCAAUAAAAGGCACUGUUGAAUACUGAAAUAGACUGUUCACAGUCCCUUACGUAAGAUCUCCGGGAUCGAGCGAAUUGCUUUACGCGUGCGGCCAUCUUAGACACAAGGAGUGUCACCACCCUGUUCAGCAGCACAUACCCGUUGAGGCCAAAUGAGGUAGUAUCCGCCCCCCACACACACACACACAUACAUCCCGCUUCCUCCCGGGUCUUCGGUAAAAUUUAACCAUAACGCUCGGUAGACAUAGUUUGUUCUUCAAGCGAAGUGAUUGUCAGCAAUUCCACCUCUAACUUUGAAUUUCCUGGCGAAAAACAGGUGGUUAACUGAAUGAUCUGACACACCUUUUAAUAUUUCACACCAUCAAGCUUUCAAUAAUAUUACAACAGAAAUAAGAAAAGCAAUAAGAAGAAAAAGAAAGGCUUCAAAUGUAUUUCCUGACAUAUCGAAGAGGAAACAAGAGGACGUAUGGGAACAAAUAAUGUGCUUUGCUGAGCCUGCAGGCCUACUCCGUAAGUUUUGACUCCUUAAUAUAAGCGCACGCAAAAUCGCAUCAACGUCUUAUAAAGAAACUGCCAUUACCUAUAUCUCAAACAACAGGUAGGAACUGUGGUGAGCCACUGAAAAUUAAGCAUGGCCGAGUGGAUAGUAACUUGACAAGAAAUGGCACCCUUACAGUGCAUUACUCCUGUAACAAAGGAUUUGCUCUCAUUGGACGAACAAAUCUGACCUGCCUUUCCUCUGGUAAAUGGGAAAAAGCCAAAAUCAAGUGCGGUGAGUUUUGUACUAAUCCAUUAGAUCACGGCCUAGAUCUUUUCUCUUUAAGUGUUCUUAAGUCAGUAUAAUAAUAAUAAAAAAAUGGGUCUUUAUUUCCCACAAGAUAAAGAUACAUAUCCUAUGUUAUAUACAACUGUUUAUGAAUACCGUAAAACAAAGUAAAAUAAAUAAAGUAAUCACAGAAUCCUGGACUAAGGUUGUGUUUAAAUAUUAGUCUAUUUACAAAGGCAAACAUCAAACGCUCAGUAUUACUUUUAGGACGGGGACAUUGUUUUUUACGGAGGUUAUAAGAACAGACUUUCUUUGAAGGAAUAUAUGGAUCGAGCUACCGGGUGGUUUAUUUAUAGUAGUUACUUUCUUAAACAUUUUACAGUAUGUUUUUGCGCAAUGACUAACUCUUCCACAUUCCACAUUUCCACUUCUAAUCCUGCAUCUAUUUCAAGGGUAUUUGUUAAGGUCUAACAGGGGCUGCCCCGGCAGCUCCAGAUGGGCAACACACGAUUAUCUACUUAAAUCAUUUUAUGAGGCUGUCUUUCAUUAAUGUGUUUGGGAGAUGUUGGAAGGAAGUUGAUAAAAAAGGAGAGAGUAUCAGUUACGGUGUACUUUAGAUUUUGUCAAUGUGAAAGGUAAAGCCGCUCUAAAAUUUUUAUACUCUUUCUAAUACAAUCGAUCACCGUUUCAAAACAUUCCCACACCACAGAUUGACUAGAGUGAUUGAGUUUUCAAAUAGGAAAUUCCAAUCGUAUUUAUUAUCAAAAACGUUAUUUUUGCCUUGAAGAUUCAACUAAUAAACAAGGUAAGAUAUCCACGUACUAAUUCACUGUUAAUACUGAUUUAAUUCCCCCUUUAGUUCCAGCCUGUCCAAAGCCUCCUGUCCCUUCCAAUGCUGUCAUUUCUGCAAGGACAAAAGAAAAGAACGUUAAAGAAUCGAGGAUAUUCUACAAAUGUAAACCAGGAUAUCGCGUCGCUGGGGGACUGUCAUUCAUAUCCUGUCUAAGAAGAAAAUGGACCAAAGUCAGCUUCGCUUGUGUUGGUAAGCGGACAAGAGGCAUUUUUAUUCAUUAAAUCAUGCGCACACGGAUAAACGGGAAAAUGUCAGCAUCCAUUCAGUUAACGAUACCUUUCUUGAACUGUAAUACUCGCCAUAUUAUCCUGUGAAUGCGUAAUAUAAAAAUUGUCAUAUUAUAUUUAAGUGCGUUUGUAAAAUAGAAUAUUUUUUCCUCAGUAUAACUUGUAUAACUUUUUUUUUAUAUCUCGUUACUUAUUCACCUUAGAAUCAAAAGAAUGUAACCGACCCCAAAUUCCGAAGCAUGGAGAAAGGAUUGGUAGCCAAUUCGGUGUGGACAGCAAAGUGUACUUCAUAUGUGACGAGGGUUUUGCACUUCACGGAGCAGUGAUGUUGAAAUGCCUCAAAAAUAAAACGUGGAGUGCCGAGGCGCCAACUUGUAAAGGUAACGUAACAUGCCUUGAUAAUGUUACUGAAAUCCAGCAUAUUUAUUGGGCUUUAACACUCCUCUGGGGAUGGUGCAUGUACAUGCAUGUCAGUUCUAGACUGUUCCGAGCUAGAAACCUCUCUUGGCGUAACGAUGGUAAAACUGAUAACCAUUACUGUCUUCUUUACUAAACAUAAAUAUAAUACAAUAAAAUUAAAAUUACAGUGAGAAACUCUUCCUCAAUGAAAGGUGUUAUCGGGCUCUUCAGUACAGUGAGAGCGUCAGUGGUCAAGAUUGAUUAUAACCCAUAACAGGCUGCAAGUAGAACCUACAGUACUUAGCCUAGCCCUUCAAAGCAGGCGUGAGAGCGAUGAUACUUAUGUUCACCCGCCAUCUUGGACGUUAAAACUGAUAAAAUUAGGGCCAAUCAGUCAAAAAAAAAAGAUUCCGAGGAAGAGGUUAGCUUGUAAUACAAACCAUCAUCAGUCAUGCCUCUAGUCCUACUGGCGUUCAGUGAUGAUAAACACCAAUAACCCGCUUCAGUAUGUCCAAAAUGAUGCUUUUACGAACUUGUUAUUUCCAGGGUCCAAAACGGUAAACCCUCUUAGAUAUGAAUUAAAAAGAGAGGCACAGCAUAAGCAAAAUACUUUGUGACAAGCCUAAAAUGUGGUAAAAAAUUCCAGGGAGAUAGAUCAUAUUAUUAUUUCACCCUCCUGAGAACAAAUUUUAUAGUCGGGCCAUACCAGAAGAUCUGGUCAUACCAGAAGAAUUAAUGACUUUGUAACUUAUAAAUUUCAGUGAAUGUAUGUAAAUGGCUAAUUGUAUGUGACAAUGACCUUCCCCAACAAUUCAGUUAUUGCUGCAAGUGGGUGAAAUAAACAGAAUAUCUAUCUAUCUAUCUAUCUAUCUAUCUAUAUUUAUCGUCCUGCUGAAAUCAUGACCAUGCCGUUGCUGUGGCAUACUGCAUUGAAGGUUUUUAACUAUCAGCCGAGUGAAUUCAGAUAGUACUUACUUAAUUUGUUUCUACUUUCUUUUGGGAAAAGCUUUAUCAAACAAGCUUGACUGAUGCAAAUAUAGUGGUAGAAGGUAAACAGACCACUAAAAAAAAUCGUUUCAUUCUGAAAACGCUGUCAAACGUGUAUUUCAUUUUUAUGUUUUAGUCGUCGAUUGUGGCAGCUUACCUGAUCCACGUCAUGGGAAGAAAACUUUACAAACCAAAACGACGUAUGGAGGCAGGUCGGAAUUUAAAUGCACCAGCAAGCAUUAUUCAUUGACUGGAACCGAGACGAGGUUUUGUCAAGCAAGUGGCACAUGGAGUGGUAAACCAGUGGUCUGUAAAGGUACGACAACCGCACUGCGGAAUGGCCCGUACGGAAUUUUCUGAUAUAUUUUUUAGAAAGUUUCCGUGGAAAGUUCUCAUACCUAGCGUAUAAAUCUGUCUAUUUUCAGCCCCUUGCAACAACCCCGGGAUUCCAAAAGGUGGAAAGCGUAUUGAUAAUAAUUUUAGGCAUGGCAAACAUGUGAGAUUCAGCUGUCCAAAAAAUCGCAAGAUGGUUGGCCCAAGGAAGAUUACUUGUUACAAUGGACACUGGAGCAACAAAAGACCACAAUGCCUGCGCCCGUCUCAUAUUAAAGGCAAGGCAAAUUAUCUCUGAAUCUCCUUCAUGCAGUUAAUAGGAGGUUCUCUCAAUCUAAAAAGAAAUUUGGAAGUUUUCCUCUGCGGAUUUGUACUACGUACUAUGGAUGCACUUUGGAAGUUUGGAAAGUACUCAACGUAACGUAUAAAAGUCAGUCUAGCAAACCACACUUGUGCAAAUAUAUAGUGUUGCAAAAAAAGGCAUUUAGGAAAGAAAUCCAACAGGAUGACUGAACACAGAUAUAUUGACGCACACCAACAACUCAUAACAAUAAAAUCUCUACAAAACUCUCUCUGGAUAUAAUGAUUAGCUUUCUGUGUUACAUAAGCUGAAGUAGCCGAUCAUUUUUACGUUUUCGCCCGCAAGUCAUGUAAUUAUUAACAGUAACAGUCAACAGCCCUCCAGUUUAUGUAUAUGUUGAAUAAACUAUGUGAUCUUUUUUUUUUUUGAGAUUAUUCAAAGUGCGGUGUGAGAAGUAAAAUUCGUCGUCCUCGAAUGGUUGGUGGUUUAACAAGUGGUCAUGGAAUGUGGCCAUGGCAAGCCGGAAUUUACCGAGUUGACCGUAAAACAGGUUAAUUUAAAACUUUUCUCUUAUUAUCAUAAUUUUAUUUCGUUCGCCUUUUUUCCAUUUGUCUUUCGAAGAAUAGUUUCUUGUCUACGAGCGCUCAAUGUGAAUGAAAGUAAAACCCAGGGUUCUGUAAACUGAACUACAUUUAUCUCUCAUUCAUAAAUUCAUAUGUCUAAUAUGAGAUAAAUGGAGUUAAAUUUUCAAACCUUAUACUUUCUUCCCAGAAAGAGAAAAUUGCACAACCUACCCUUUUAUUUCUAGAGCGCUCAAAAUUAAUUCAAUGUUUUGUAUUGUUUUCGUAAUCAUAAUCCAGUUGCAUGGGAAUGACAUUGAAGUCUUCUAGUGACGUCUCUACUUGUUGUUGCUUCUUCUUCGUUAUUAUUUCAUCCUAUUUAAGCUACAUUUCAUUAGUCACACAACAUUCUUCUAACAUGAGCUGCAACUACUUUUCUCGUAUUUAGGAAAAGCAUCAUUUAUUUGUGGGGGAGCCCUUAUUGAGAGACUUUGGAUUGUUACAGCAGCACAUUGUUUUAUGUACAGAGACCCAGAUGAUAACGCCAGACGACCUCUCGACUCUAAACCUGAGCAGUAAGCUUUACUUUUAUUUGCACCACACCAUAGCAUCUUCGUAUAAGCCUUUUUUAUGAUCGACUCUAAUAGCUGAUAUAGACACAGUUAAAUUAGCUUGGAAAAAAAAAACAAUUGUUAUUAUUAAACUUAUCUCAAACAAUAGUUUCAUUGUUUGUUCACUUGUAAAUAAUAAAGAAAAUAACUUUCCCUCAUUUACCUUAGGCAGUAUUUAUCAGUAACACUGAUCCUAGUGGGGCCGAGCAAAUUCCUGAAACAAAUAACUUACAUCAAUCCCAAUUGGCCGGAGGUAUUAACUAGCUAAAUGGUCGAGGAGUUCAGCUCCAGACUACCGUGAACAAAUGCAACGACCGGUCAAGAUGGGACUUGAACUGGAGGCCACGCUACCUCCUCCCUCUUAUUCUCUGAACCAUUCACCACCGCUCGUGGGUAGGAAUAGUUCUAAGCUUUAUAGAUCGGUUUAGCGAUGAAUUGUCCGUUCUUCCCAAGAAAGUAUCAGCUUUCAUUAGUGUGCAAAAGCAGUUCAUUGACUGACAUUGAUUUAUACUCUGAUCGAGGGUAUAAAAGCUCUAUAACGAAGUACGUUUGAUGUAUAAAAAUUUGCAGCUGUUAAAUUAUUUACAAUUCGUUUCGCAUUCUAUAGAUUUAGAGUUGCUGUGGGUGACAGUCACCGAAACAAGACGGAAAAAUCUCAGCAUUUGUUCUUUGUGACCGACAUAUUGAUGCACCCCAAAUACCAUGACCAGUUCAAAGAAAACGACAUCGCACUAGUGAAGUUGUCAAGUAGAGUUACACUUGGGCGAUUUGUACGAAAGAUCUGCCUUCCAGAAAAAGUAAACGGCUCGUCAUCUCAAGAUGCACUGACUCCGGGUAGUAAAGGAAACGUGGCUGGUUGGGGCGCCACGCAGGUUCUUAAACCAGGAGAAGUGGAUACACCGGACCCUGAAAAAUCAUCAUCCCAAGAGUUACUUUACGCAGAGUUUCAGGUCCAGGAUAUGGGGCGCUGCCGAAAUUCCACUGACUAUCACUUUAACGAGUCUACAAACUUCUGCGCUGGAAGCAAUAAACAUGGCGUCGGUAUAUGUAAAGGUGACAGUGGAGGUCCGUUUGUAAUGAACAUUUUACACGGCCGCGUGUUGAAAUGGACUGCUAUAGGAUUGGUUAGCUGGGGAGAAGGGUGUGGCAUAAUGGGUCGGUAUACAUUUUACACCAAGUUGGCCCCUUAUGUGGAUUGGAUUAAUCAGCAAAUGAAAAUAUAACGUUGUCAUGUUACAAAAAGCUUUGUACAUAACUUCGGCAUCUCAUUCCACAAGUGGUACGUCGAUCUAGCUUAUAGACAUGUACAAUUGCAAAUAUAAGUUUCAAGUUAAGCAUUAGUCAGAGUACUGGCAUUUGUUUUCUCAAAUCUUGCUCAGAUUCAAGAGUGCAUGAUCAGAAUUCUACGCAAUAGUGGUAGGUUUUAGAAGGAAGAUUUUUUUGCUUGGACAUGUUUUAUAGUAAACAGGUCUCACACGUUACGAAACACAAAAACUGUUUUGACUUAAAUC